AUGGACACAAUGUCAUACAAAAGAUAUGUCAUAAAAUCAAGCGGCAUUCCUACAUCUCUUCAAGAAUUUCCCGUCAUUAGCAAGUUUGCUUUCCUCGUCUUCGUCUGCCCAGAGGUAGCCAUAGAUUCCAGCGUUGUUCGUCCCGUUGUACGUGGCAGUAGCGUUAUGUUGAGUGUUGACAGUGCCCAAGUCCAUACAAUACUGGCCGAUUUUGCUAAACCAGCCCUUUUUGUUGUGUGCUUCCCUCAUCUUAUCCAUGAGUUCCGCGUGGUAUGUCUGCCAUUCGAUAUCCUCCAUGGCCAGCAUCACAUCCCAGCUGCCGAAUUCCCAGGUAUAGCCACCGUGGAGUUCCCUGCCGUCCUUGGUCUCCACAGUAACAGUCUCUUCGCACCCGAAGCUAUCCAGGGGCUUUUGCCAGUUUUCCUCAUAGCGGCGUCGUUGGAGGCGGUUCUCAUCGCGAUAAUCAAAAUCAGCCGAUGUGACAUGAAUGGUGUGCAUAGUGGCGACGGAGGAAGAGGAGCCACGCCUCUUCCUCGAUUUGGACCCCUUCUUGGGUGCGUUGUUGGAGUACCACACGCGAUGGGGCAAACAGUCGUCAUUGUCGUCAUCUUCACAGGACCGAUGAGCCAGCAAGCGUGGGAGGCCAUCAUCGACAUGAGCACGGAAGCUUCGCGCGACAUUGUCGCCGUUAUCGCCGUUGUUACCGUUGUUGCCGUUGUUGCCGUUGUUGCCGUUGUUGCCGUUGUCGCCGCUGCCGCCCCCCCGGUUUUGCAGCAUCAACUGAUAAAGUAUUUGCUCCAUCAUCCGUUGAUUAUUUUGUUGAGCAUGGAGAUUCUGUUCCCGAAGUUCGUUCGAGGUCUGUAUGGCGCUUGUUUGUUGUUCGAGCAGGUCCUCUAUCGACUUAUCCUUUUCCUUUUUCUUUUCCCUCGCGUGCUCGAUGAACCCCCAGAUGACGCUUCCAAGAAAGCCUCCGAAAAUCGCCACCGCUUUACUCCGUUUGGCGAGGUCUCUGGAAUCAUGUGGGUUUUUGUAGGGCUCCAUAUCCCCGCUGGGUCGAAGACUGAGACUGUCGGCGUCCAUGGGACGGCCUGGCAUGGCGGAGGCAAUGCCAUAGAAAGCCAAAAGACACCCAAAGAUGAGGUGGUGUUUGGAGAUAUACAUCUUGUGCGAGAGACUUGGAUCCAAGAGUUAGGAACCAGUGGAACUUAA